GGAAAAUUAUUUAUAGUUUAUGAGUACUGUAGUUUGUUAUUUAAAUCAUGAGACUACUCGAACGUAUUUUUAUUGAUAUUAACCAAUGAAACGGUUGCACGUCCGCUUAUCUGAUGGGACGCCAGAUAAAAUUUUGCAAUCGCGUUGGCAGAGUUGUUUCAUCGGCGAAAUACUGGCACGUUAGAUAUUUCCACUCUAAGCAACCGAAGCGUUUCGCCAUGUCCGAAGUAUUGGUAGAUGUCAAGAAAGGAAAGCUCAGGGGAACUGUUAGAGAAAAUAUCGAUGGCGGCACUUAUUACUCAUUUAGAGGUAUUCCGUUUGCUGAGCCACCAGUUGGUGAACUAAGAUUCAAGGAGCCUCAACCUCUGCAACCUUGGAAUGGUAUCCUAGAUGCACUGGAAGAAAGCAAAAAGUCAGCCCAAUAUGAUGCGAUUGCAGAUUUAACAGAAGGCGGUGACGACUGUCUUUAUUUGGACGUGGCAACAAAUUCGUUGACGGAAAAACGACCGGUCAUGGUUUGGAUACAUGGUGGGGGUUUCAAGUCAAGCUCAAAUACUUAUAAAAAGUACAGCCCAGAUUACCUUUUGAAAAAAAAUAUUGUUUUCGUUGCUUUGAAUUAUAGGCUCGGAAUUUUAGGAUUUUUGAAUAUGGAUCACGAGGAGUGCUCUGGAAAUCAAGGCUUGAAAGAUCAAAUUGCCGGUUUGGCGUGGGUCAAAGAGAACAUUGAGGCUUUUGGUGGUGAUUCCGACAAUAUCACGGUAUUUGGUGAAAGCGCCGGUGGAGCUUCUGUUCACGCACUUUGUUUGUCACCUUUAGCAAGAGGACUGUUUCAAAAAGCUAUUAUACAAAGUGGUGCUGUAUCUAAUCCGUGGGCGCACAUUUCUUCAAAUAAAGAUGUAGGAUUUUCUGUGGCAAAAGCUUUGGGGAAAAAUUGUACAAGUACCCUGGAAACAAUAUUGUUUUUAAGAACUGUUCCGGUAGUCAAGUUAGUAGAAACAUAUGAAACUAUACACAAAGGAGAAUUGCAAAAUCUGAUAAUGCAUUUGGUGCCAACUUUGGAUACUAAAAGCAAAAAUCCAUGUUUGCCGUAUCCAAUUGGGGAAAUGGAAAAAACUGGUAUCAAUGUACCAUUGAUAAUUGGUUAUAACAGUCACGAGGGUAUUAUUAGAUUUUUUGGUGAUACUUCGAGUUUUUUCGAGGAUUUAAACCAAGAUUUUGGAAAAUUUCUUGUGGAUAAUCUAAGAUUGAGUGACUCUAAAGUAGUACUUAGUCACGCCCAGUCCAUUCGAGAAUUUUAUUUUGGUAAAAGUGAGAUAAAUGAAUCGAAAAUCAAUGAAGCAGUACAAUUUUUUGGAGAUUUAUCGUUUGUUGCAAACAUUCAUGCUGUUGUACAUAUUCAAAUGCAAAAAGCGGUUCCGACUUAUUUUUACAAGUUUUCUUAUCGACCCAACUUUCCUGGAAUAAAGGAAAGAAUGGGUAUAAAAAUUGAAGGAACUUGUCAUGCUGACGAGUUGGGAUGUUUAUUCUUUUCUGAAUUACGAAGGAAAAAGUUUGAUCAGGGAACUAGGGAUCGUAAAGCCAUGGAACGUUUAACAACUAUGUGGACUAAUUUUGCAAAAACUAGUGAUCCAACGCCAGAAAUAAAUGAACUAAUACCAACAAAGUGGAGUCCAUUAGAGAAAAAUAAAAAAAACUAUUUGGAAAUCAAUGAUGAUCUUACAUCUUUAGAAAAUCCUGAUGAUAAAAUGUGGAAGUUAUGGAAACCGUUACUUGAAUCUAUAUAAUGUUUUUUUUUGCAAAUCAUGUUUCCGCAUUUAUUGUAAAUUUGAAGAAAUAAUUUACUGUUAUAUUAACAUUUUUACGUUAGUUGUUGGGUGCAAGUUAGAUGCAGGACGUGUGUACGAAAAACUUGGUCGAUAAAUUGUACAGAAAUCUUUUAC